CUUUAUUACAAGCAACUUUGUAAACACUAAAAUAUAAAUUAAUAGCAUUAGAUGUUAAAUAAAAACAAUUGUGUAGUGUAAUAAAUAAUUAUAACGUGACUUGUUAACGAUUGUAAACUGAUAAAAAUUACUACAACUACUAAACAUUCUGAUACGCUUUGAGUGCGUAAUCAAAAAUAAAAAAGUAAAAUAAAUCUUAUUAAAAUAUAUUUCAAACUUGUUUGGUGUAUUUUUGAAGGAUAAAGUUGAUGUUUGUCUUCCAUAAGUAACAUUCUUUAAAGCAUAAGUUGAAAAUAAAGCGAUGAAUCAUUUGUGGUUUCUCUUUUGAGUGAGAGUCAACAUCAUCACAAAAAUUUUCUGCUUUGAAUUCUACGUUGAGAGUGAGUUUCACAUAAUAACAUUAGAAACAACUACCUACCUAUGUAGGUAGAUAAAGAAGAAAGAAGUCGUAGCCACUUGUUGAAAAAAUAAAAAGGAAAGAGAGAAAAACAACAAGCUGUUCAAGGAUUUUUUACACGUGCUUCAAAACCAGUUCAAUAACCAACCGUGUGUCAGCUGCUUAAAUCGAGCACCAGUAGUGUGUUGUACUGUAAACGUGAUAUUUAAUAUUUCGAACUAAACAACAAGUCGCGUUUAUAAAAAUGCAUCAUAGCAACAAAGAAAUAUUUGAGGAGAUUUGUGAUCUCAUUAGUGAUGUCGAUUGCAAUGGUGACGCAAUCAUGCAAACGUUGAAAUUAAGGACGAUAAGUGAAAAAUUUCGUACAAUAGUAAAGGAUGAAAAGAUACUUAGUGAAAUUUUUGAAAUGUUCAACUGUCGAUGUUUAAUUAGUGAGGAAUUUAUUUUGAGUUUUGUAGCUGUUGUAACCUCUCGACAAUUGGAAUCAUUCACUGCUGAUGGAAAAAACUUACGACAUGCAACUAUUUCGAUUCUUCAGAAAAAUAAUCAAAAUGCCGAUAACUUCAAGCGUGAUAAUUUAAGUAAAUUUUAUAAUUCAGUUCGUCUUCAUGGCGAAUAUUUCAACAAAGCAAGACUCUCUGGCGGAAUUCCAAUCAAUAUAAUUGGAAAAUCUCUCUUAAGUAUAAUUAAUGUUGAGCUCGAAAAGGAAUUAAGAAAUAUUUUUCAUCUUAAAACUGACGAAUUUGCGAAAAUUAUUCUCUCUCAGAUUACACUCAAUGGGAAUCUUCUUAAAACACGUCAUAAGACUGAUAUUGAGCAGACUUUGUUUAACAUUCGUAAAUGUCUUAUUGAGAUUAAUUCAUUGACAUCGAAGACGAAAGCAUUUCUGAUCAUGACGCUUGAUCUUUAUUAUAGUAAUUUUACUAAUAUUGGUGAUUCGCUUGAGAAAAUGUAUAAGGCUUUUCUAAUCGAAGACGAUAAAGUAAAUGCGAAGCCUUCCAACCAUGUUGAUGAUAAGAAAGUUAAUGCAACUAGCAAAGUUCGAGCUUCCCUUGGGCAAAUGACAAUUACCAAGAAACCUGAUGACUCUCCAAAACAAUCUCAUACACAAAGAAAUCUUAAAUUACAAAUUAAAAAACCAGAUUCUUUACCGUCAACUCCAACAAGAAAUUCAUCGAAAUAUCAUCAGAAAAGUUCCCCAUCGAAAGUUUCCACACCACCAACGUCUCCUCAAAAGAAGCUUUCACCGCAAGAAUUGAGAAGCAAGAAAGGUCAAGCGUCAAAUGGUUUGAUGAGAAAUGAAACUUCAAAUAAAAGUCCCAAGCAACAUAGUACAAAUGGUCAUGAGUCGGAAUCUUCACAAAAUGUCGAUGAGAAUGUUUUGAAGCAACAAAAUUCUCGUAGUUCAACGCCUGCAGCUACAGCAUCAUCAAACACUAAGUACAAAACUAACAGUCAAGUUUAUUUUCGUGAAGAAAACGUUGAAAAUUUGACAUGGAAUGGAGAAGUGUCGUUUGAAGGCGAUCCUGACGAUCCAGAGGCAACAACCUCACCGAAAGUCAAUCCAUAUUCGAGUUCAUUUUUGAAUUUCUUGAGUAGUAACUGAUAUGACCUAAUCUUUUGAUAUUCUCAAUUCUAAAAUAAUUACCUAUUAUUGUAUAUUAAGUAUGAUCUUCCAAUGAAUUUUUAAACUUAUGAGAAAUUUUCAAAUGAUCUUUAAAUUUUCAAAGUUCUUAUAAAACAGAUAAUAAGGGAAAUAGAAACAAAGUGACUUAAAAUAAACAGAAUUUAAAUAUAAUAUUACAU